AUGACUAGAGUCAGCCAAGCUCAAAUGGAACAACUCCUAGACUUACUUAGUGAAAAUGGGGUAAUGAUUCAAGGCAAAGUGAUGUAUACUAACACAAAUAGACACAAUUUUUGGAAGAAAGUUGCUCAGCAACUUAAUGAUAUUGAGGGAGGCGCAUUUAAAAAUGCUUAUAAAUGGUGUAAAAUGUGGGCAGAUUGGAAAAACAAAACUAAGACAAAAGCAGAUAUAUUAUUGAAAAAGAAAAAAAAUGAAUUUAUGCCUCAACCCAUAGCCCUUACAAAUCUUGAAUUAAGGUUGCUGCAGAUAAUUAGUUACCCCAUGGGUGACAGCUUACAACCACAUUUUGAAAUGAUGCAUAAAGUGGAAUUACCAGACAAUACAAAAAAUGAAAUACCAAUAGAAUUUUUAGUAGAGAAUUCAAAUGAAUUGCAGUUGAAUAAUCGGAAAGCAGUUUCCAAUGAAGAAGAUAAAAAUGUCUUAAAGUAUUUUGCAACAUGCAAAAGGGACUUAGCUGACAGUGAGGAAAUAAUUGAUGAAGAAUCAGAAUUAUUGAAUGACUUAUCAGAUACUGGAAGACAAAGGAAGAUGGAAGAAAAGGAAGUUAUGACAUCCACUACAUCAUUUGAAGAUUUUAAAAGUAGAAUAACAUUGGCUCUAGAAAAAGAGAGAUUACAACAAAAAAAUGAGGAAUUAAGAUUAAGGGCAAUUGAACUAAAACUUAAAGAAGAAGAAUUAAGACUGAAAGAACUUGAAAUGAAUAAAGUAAACUACUUAACAAAUUUAGAAGAGGAAAAAUUAAAGUGUUUUAGGGAUAUAUCAGCAUCACUAAAAGAGUUAUUAGAGCUAACUAGAAAUGGGAGUUUAAGAUUAAGUAAUGGCAUGUAA